AUGUCGCAGCAUCCUUCAGGGCAGGAAGGGAACACCAUACAAGGCCGUGCUGCGGUCCGCGUCAGCCGACUAUUCACCAAUAUGGAGGGCAACAUACACGAACUUCCCCACGAGAUUCCCACCCAAUAUCCACACCGGCAACCCUUCAACAAAUCAUCGACCUGCCCGAAGAGCCAAACCCCAAAAACUCGAAAAGCGAAACUUGUCGGAUACGCGCUUGCGAAAUGGGGCGAUUAUCCGAUGUUGAUAGAUGGAGAGCAUGACCAGGAGAUUCCUGGUUGCAGGUACAUCGUGCAAACCGACGAAGAAACUCGGAGGCUUGUGUACGAUGAGACAAAUGCUUACAAGGAAGCACAUGGCUUGAUUUAUUUUAUUGAUGAAGAGCCGUCCGAGGCGCUAGGAAAGACACUCGUAUAUGCCGGGGAUGCACACUCCUUGUUAGAACAGCGAUCUGACCGCCACUUAUGGCUGCAUCAAAUGACUGGAAAAGUAGUGUAA